UCGUAGGGUGUUGAAGGUUUUCGUACUUCAUGUGGAAAGUUGACGAUUUUUAAAGAUAUAACAUAUAUAAUGACAAUUAUAAAUAAAUUUACUCGUAUUAAUGAAAAUGUCAAGAAAUAAUUCCGCAGGGUGGAUAUUUACGCAUGAAUAAUGGAAGCGGAAAACAUACGUUCUGUUUAAAUUGUGUUGUCCAUGUAUACGCUAUAAUUUGUUCCAUAACAAACGGACGCAUUAUACAAAGAUAUAAAAUGCGUGUGGUGGAAUAUUUUUUUUACCUAUUGGUUGUGUGUUCUCUUGAUAGAUUUUGUGUUCAGUGCGAUAAUGAUUCACACACGGAAUAUGAUUUACACGAGCGACUGUUCAAAAUGUACAAUUCGAACAUAAUGCCACGUAAUGUGAAGUCGUCGGACCCGUUAAACGUCGGCAUUGAGCUUUACCUGAUGUCGAUUGAUGAAAUUAAUGAGGUCCGACAAACUAUUUCCAUAAUUGCAUUUUUAGAAUUUACCUGGACGGACACUUUCCUAGCAUGGACACCCUUUGAGUAUUCUAAUAUAACCUCGAUUAAUGUAAAGGUAAAAGACAUUUGGACUCCGGAUAUAGUUCUUGAGAGCACACUUGAUAAACAGACGGAUUUGCUAGAUAAAGAUGGGAAUGCGAUUAUUUCAUCAGAUGGAAGUGUGCUCAUGUGGCCGUAUGGAAGGUACACUGUUUCUUGUAAAAUAUUUAUUGGACAGUUCCCGUUCGACGAACAGACGUGUGUAUUCGAUUUUUUGUCAUGGACUUUCCCGAGCUCGAAUAUUGUAUUAAACAGUUCAUCAACGGAAAUAAGCAAGAAGUAUUAUAAGGAAAGUGGCGAAUGGACGCUUAAACGCGGAAAAGUCAUCAGCGAAAGUAGGCCAACCGGCGAAGACACAUGGGAUCAUGUUGUCUUUACGAUUGAGUUACAGCGAAAGUCAUUGUUCGUCGUACUGAACAUAAUGCUUCCGAUAAUAUGCAUUUCGUUUCUGAACACGUUUUGUUUUAUGUUGCCGUCAGAUGGCGGAGAGCGAAUAACAUACUGCAUCUCUCUAUUUCUUACUCUGGCCGUGUUCAUGACUAUUGUCAAUGACUCCCUCCCAGAAACCUCGGACGAGGUGUCAAAAUUCGGCGUCUACAUUGGUCUUCAACUAAUCGGGUGCGGUCUGUCGAUCAUUGCUACUGUGUUUUCGCUGUACUGCUAUCACAAAAGCGACCACAAACACGUGAAUGUGUGCGUCCAGUUUUUUGUAAGAGCAAUGUGCGUGAGCAGAUGUCAUCACACAAGUCGGCAGCAAGACAUCAAUAAUGUCGAUGAAAAUACGUCUAACGGCGAAUUCAUAACAGCGGCGAGUGCUACGAUCGUCGAGUGUGAUACAUGUCUGUCCGAUGAAAAUGGAACGAUACAUCAAUCACCUCCGAUUACCUGGAAAAUGGUGUCCUUUGCGUUGGACCGAUUAUGUUUCAUGGCUUCAAUAGUGUGGCAUGUACUUCUUAUUAGUGUGCUUCUUGUCGUCAUGGUUUCAUAAUAGCGCGGUGGGUGGAAAUGGAGGGAUCGUCGAUGAAAACGAAUUGUCAAUACCGAUAUAAAAAUACGAUACCAUUGAGCAAUUAACGCUUUAAAUUGUUCACCUGGGAUUGGUAUUUUAUAUUGAUAGCGUCGAUUCCUAGUUGAUAAGUGCUGUUCAAUGUGGACUGUUCGCUCUUACUAUAUAAAAACUUUAUUUAAUCAAGCCAUGAUGAGAAAAAAUCGAAUCUUUAAUUAAGAGACAAAUCAGCAAGGAUGUAAGUGGAAAUCCUUCAAUACAGGAUACUUCCUAUGGGACACAUGAUCGCAUACCUCAAUUAUCAUUAAGUGGAUGGGCAAACACAUUAAUUUAAUUAUUCAAUACAGAAUUCAUGACAUACAUGAUUCAAAUAAGAAUGCAUGACAAAGCGUAACUUCAGAGGAAAAAAAUGAUUGUGAAAUUAUCUGAAGUUAAGGUUUUAAACUGUUUGUUUGGUUUUUGCAGUAUUUUAUUACGAGAUUUAUUGUUCACAGUGUAUUACUUUAUAAGUUGACUUGUGUAGCUUUAGACUCAGUUUUCAAGAUCAUGGUUCUAAUAUUCAUAAUUACAUAAUAACAUUAAAUAAUUUGUAGGCUUAACGUGUGACACUUGCGAAAGAAAAAGAAAAAUGUCUG